GGCUGGAAACGCUUCCGCGCGGCGCUUUGGUUCCUGCCGGCGGAGAGUCCAGGUGCGCGUCUCCCGGGACCUGCGCGGCCACUGGGCGGGCCGGAAACAGGUUAAAAACAGAGAGGGAGAGGCCGGAGCAACGCUUUUAGCCUCCUGGGUUUGUCCGGUGGGAACGUGAGGGCGGGACCCGGGGCUGCGAGGUCCUGGGGACGGAGAAGAGCACGGCUCCUUCCGGCGGCAUGGCGGCUGUCCCGGCCGGAGCCGGAGCCGCACUCGCGGCGCAAGCCGGGGCUCGGCCCUGCUGAGGCUCUUUAUCUGGAGACGGCAGAUAACGCGGGACCGGCGGAGCGACGUCCCCGCGGGAACAGCUUCAGAGACAGGAGCAGAAUGUUGGGCAUUAUGAAGAAAUUUCCGAUAAAUGCAUUGAAGUCAUCAAGUUUGUGCAACGAAUAUGGGUACUUCAGAAAGACAAAGAUGCGAGUCAUAAGUGUGACACAACAAAACCACAAUCUAAGACACUUCAGUUCUUCACAAGGAGAUGUUAAGUCACUGCGUUCUGUCAUUAAUCCUCAUAUAUCCAGAAUCCGAAACAUUGGCAUUAUGGCCCACAUUGAUGCAGGGAAAACAACAACAACAGAGAGAAUGCUGUAUUAUUCUGGAUACAUAAGAACACUUGGAGAUGUUGAUGAUGGGGACACAGUGACAGAUUUUAUGGUACAAGAGCGAGAACGUGGCAUUACCAUUCAGUCUGCUGCUGUUACGUUUGACUGGAAGGACUACAGAAUCAAUCUAAUUGACACCCCAGGUCAUGUGGACUUUACAGUGGAAGUUGAGCGUUGUUUGAGAGUCCUUGAUGGAGCAGUAGCAGUGUUUGAUGCUUCGGCUGGUGUUGAGGCCCAAACUCUGACAGUGUGGAGACAAGCAGACAAACAUCAGAUACCACGAAUAUGCUUUUUGAACAAGAUGGACAAAAACAGGGCAAGUUUCACAUAUGCUGUUGAGAGUAUCGAACAAAAGUUGAAGACAAAACCUUUGCUUUUACAGUUGCCCGUUGGGGAAGCCAAGACCUUCAGAGGACUGGUUGAUGUUGUGACUAAGGAACAAAUAAUUUGGAAACCUACUUCUCAUUUGGAUGAUGGAAAAAAUUUUGAGCAAAAGCCGCUGCUGGAGGCUGAUGAUCCCAGCCUGUUCCAAGAAGUCCAGGAUGCCAGAAAUACCUUAAUAGAACAAGUUGCAGAUCUGGAUGAUGAAUUUGCUGAACUGGUUCUAGGAGAAUACAGUGAAAAUUUUGACUUAAUACCACUUGACAAGUUACGGUCUGCUAUCCGCAGAGUCACGCUAGCUCAGAAAGCGGUACCUGUGCUCUGUGGCAGUGCAUUGAAGAAUAAAGGAGUGCAGCCUUUACUGGAUGCUAUCACUAUGUACUUGCCCGCACCUAAUGAGCGUUCAUAUGAGUUUCUACAAUGGUACAAGGAUGACCUGUGUGCCCUAGCGUUCAAAGUUCUCCAUGAUAAAUCUCGUGGACCACUUGUUUUUGUUCGCGUUUACUCAGGUUCACUGAAACCCCAAUCAGCUGUAUAUAAUAUUAACAAAAGUUGCACGGAGAGAAUGAGCCGGCUGCUCCUGCCUUUUGCUGAUCAGCAAAUUGAAAUACCAUCACUAAUGCCAGGCAACAUUGCCCUUACUGUUGGGUUGAAACAGAGUGCCACUGGAGAUACCAUAGUGUCCUCAAAGGCUUCAGCAGCAGCUGCAGCACGCCGGGCUGGAAGGGAUGCUGCGGGACAAAAGAGAUCUGCCAGUGAUGCAGAGAGCCUUCUGCUGGCAGGUGUUGAGAUCCCCGACCCCGUCUUCUUCUGUACAAUUGAACCCCCUUCAAUGGCCAAACAACAAGACUUGGAUAACGCAUUGAGCUGCCUUCAGCGUGAAGAUCCAAGUUUAAAAGUGAAGCUCGAUCCUGACACGGGACAAACUAUUCUCUGUGGCAUGGGAGAACUACACAUAGAGAUCAUUCAUGACCGAAUCAAACGUGAAUAUGGAAUUGAGACUUAUUUGGGACCCCUUCAAAUAGCCUACAGAGAAACCAUCCUAAAUGCUGCCCAAGCUACAGAUGUUUUGGACAAAACAGUAGGAGAUAAACGACACUGUGUAACUGCAGAGUUAGAGGUGAGGCCCAGGUUAGGAGAGAGAGCAACAACAAAACCUGCCAUCGAGUACGCUGCGAGUGUCAUUGAAGUGCUACCCAAAGAACUCCAAGAAGCUAUAGAAAAUGGAAUAGUGAACUCAUGCAUUCAAGGACCCUUGCUUGGAUUCCCAGUUCAGGAUAUAGAUGUGACAGUGCAAUCACUGACAGUGCAUCCUGACACCUCCCACACAAUGGUAUCAGCCUGUGUCUCUCGUUGCAUGCAAAAGGCUUUGAAAAAAGCGGGUAUACAAAUACUGGAGCCCCUGAUGAACCUAGAAAUCACCGUAAGCGAAGAUCACCUCAGUGCAGCACUUGCUGACCUUGCACAGCGGAGGGGCAGCAUUCGGGAAAUCCAGAGUCGUCAAGAUAACAGAGUUGUGGUUGCUGCUGUUCCACUAGCGGAAACCAUGGGCUACUCAACAGUUCUGCGUUCUCUAACAUCAGGCUCAGCAACCUUCACGUUGGAGCUCGCCCGUUACCAAGCCCUGAACAGUCAAGAGCAGAGUGCACUUCUUCAGAGGAGGAUGGGGCUGGUGUGAUCGCUUUCCUCUGUGGAACAAUCAAGCUAUUUUCUGUCCUCCCUGUUUUCAGGAGCCUAUGUAUGUACACCAGUAUGUCCUUCUGGGAUCAACUGGCUUGUGGUAAAUGAUAGAUUAUCAGCUGUAGGAACAGACUGUGCUUCAAAGUGUCCAAGGGAAGGUUCAAGGCACAGCCUUGUAAUUUAAAGCACCUGAACCAGAGAUGCAACUGCAGGUUGCUGAUUUACAAACUCUUAUCUUACAGAUAAUCUGCAAUGAGAAGUGAUGCAAAUCCUCUUCAUGUAAAUGAGCACUAAGUGCACCUUAAUGCGCAAUUAGGACCGUUUCUUAACUUAGUAAGUAAAGCUUGUGAAGUUUAUGUCUAUAAACGAAACAAACUUACAGUUUUGGCAGUCUGUAUCUUGUUUUCAGCUGAAUAGUACGGUUAAUGAGUAUUUUUAGCUGUACAACUGUAAGCAUUAUUUCCGGUAUUGCUAGAAAGUAAUUCGAGCAAGAAUACAGGACUGGGUGUAACUUCUACCCAAGUUUGCUUUAGCAAAUUUGUGGACUGGAUGCUUCUGCAAAUUGAGUGAGAUCUGUGCAAAAAAUAUAAGAAAGGCAGAGUUCUGCUGGGGAGUGAUCUCAACCUACCAUCUCAGCGCACGUUAAGGGGGAUUUCUUUCUGGACCUUUAGGAAUUUGUGUUUUAAGCUGUAAUGGGUCUGAUUUGCCAUGUGUUACAAGUCAGUUCUGAUUUGCAGUUAGCUGGUCACAUAGAAAAGAAGCAAAGGAUAAGAUACUUUUAAAUAAAAAAGAUGGAUUGCUCUUUA